CUGUGUUCAGGAAGUGAAACUCACACAGUCACUGUGACUGAGAGCAGAAAUGGAGCAGAAUCAGCUGGACAGUGAAACUUUCUCCUGUUCCAUCUGUCUGGAUCUACUGAAGGAUCCGGUGACUACUUCCUGUGGACACAGCUACUGUAUGAAGUGUAUUAAAGCCCAGUGGGAUGUAGAGGAUAAGAAGGGAAUCCACAGCUGCCCUCAGUGCAGGGAGACAUUCACACCGAGACCUGUGCUAAGGAAGAACACCAUGCUAGCAGCUUUAGUGGAGCAGAUGAAGAAGAAUGGAAUCCAAGCUACUGCUGCUGCUGCUGACCACUGCUAUGCUGGACCUGAAGAUGUGGCCUGUGAUUUCUGCACUGGAAGAAAACUGAAAGCCAUCAAGUCCUGUUUAGUCUGUCUGGCCUCUUACUGUGAGAAACACCUUCAGUCUCAUUAUGAUUCAGCUACAUUUAAGAAACACAAGCUGGUGGAGCCGAACAAGAACCUCCAGGAGAACAUGUGCUCUAAGCAUGAUGAGGUGAUGAAGAUGUUCUGCCGCACUGAUCAGAAGUGCGUCUGUCUCAUCUGUUUAGAGGUGGAACAUAAAGGUCAUGACACAGUCACAGCUGCAACAGAAAGAACUGAGAGGCAGAGAGAGCUGGAGGAGAGACGAGGAAACAUCCAGCAGAGAAUCCAGGACAGAGAGGAAGAUGUGAAGCUGCUUCAACAGGAGGUGGAGGCCAUCAAUCACUCUGCUGAUAAAACAGUGGAGGACAGUGAGAAGAUCUUCACCCAGCUGAUCCGUCUCCUCCAGAAAAGAAGCUCUGAGGUGAAGCAGCAGAUCAGAUCCCAGCAGGAAACUCAAGUGAGUCGAGUCAAAGAUGUUCAGGAGAAGCUGGAGCAGGAGAUCACUGAGCUGAAGAGGAAAGACGCUGAGCUGGAGCAGCUCUCACACACACAGGAUCACAACCAGUUUCUCCUCAAAUACCCCUCACUGCCAGAACUCAGUGAGUCGACACACUCAUCCAGCAUCAACAUCCGUCCUCUGAGACACUUUGAGGACGUGACAGCAGCUGUGUCAGAGCUCAGAGACAAACUGCAGGACAUCCUGAGAGACAAAUGGACAAACAUCUCACUGAUGGUCACUGAGGUGGAUGUUCUACUGUCAGGACCAGAACCAAAGAGCAGAGCUGGGUUCUUAAAGUAUUCAUGUCAAAUCACACUGGAUCCAAAUACAGUGAAUGGAAGGCUGGGACUAUCAGAGGGGAACAGGAAGGUGACAUGGAUGAAUCAACCUCAGUCUUAUUCUAGACAUCCAGACAGAUUCACUAAUUGGCCUCAGGUUCUGACCAGAGAGAGUCUGACUGGACGAUGUUACUGGGAGAUGCAGUGGAGCGGGACACAAGUUCAUAUAUCAGUUACAUACAAGAAUAUCAGCAGAGCAGGAGGUGGGCAUGAAUGUAGAUUAGGAUAUAAUGACAAAUCUUGGGCUUUAGUGUGUCUACAAAACAGUUUUAGUUUUCAUCACAACAUCUGGACCUCCAUCUCAGGUCCAGGUUCCUCCAGAGUAGGAGUUUUCCUGGAUCACACAGCAGGUCUUCUGUCCUUCUACAGAGUCUCUGAAACCAUGACUCUCCUCCACAGAGUCCAGACCACAUUCACUCAGCCACUGCUGGUUGGAGUUUCAGUUGGUAUUGGAACCUCUGCAGAGUUUUGUAAACUAAAAUAAAUUUUCUCAAUUUUUCUCUGGUUGUUGAUCAGGUUCUUGGUUCUGAUGUCUCUGUUCUGCUGUUCUGUUCUUCUUCAUAUUUCUAUUGUAAAUGUAGUUCUCUGUGUUCCUAGAGCCAUGAAGGAAAUCACUGCUGAUGUUUUUAUUUUUAUUACAGAAAAAUACUUCUCCACAUUGGCCAACAUAUUAAUAUGUAUGAUUUUGGUGAUGGCCUUAUCAAAAUGUAACAUUUGUUCAAUUGUUGACUGUGUGGUGUUUUCUUUAUAACUUUGUGAUUUUCUGUUUUU